AUGGAUGAGGUUGUGAUGUCUAGACCUAAUACUGAUUUAAAGAUUGUGAAGAGUCCGUUGACGACUGUUAGCCCUUAUAUUAAUAACCAUAUGGAUUCUUCUACUGAGUUGGCUAUGAAUGGUGAUCAAAUUGUUUUUGAUGUUAAUGUUGGAAAUGAUAAGAUGUUGAAUGAGGAAGAUAAAUGGUUGAAUGUUCCUGUUAAGAAUAUUAUGGUGAAUCAUGGUGAUUUUGACUAUUUGUCUAAAUAUUCUAAAUGGAAUGAUAGUCGUAAUGUGGUGGUGGAAACAGAUGCUAAUUCUGAUGUCGAAUUGAGUAAGGAAGAAGGGGAGGUCAAGGAUUGUGCCCCAUUGGGAAAAAUUUCUGAUGAACAUUUAAUAUUGCAGAAGGUUGCCACUGUUAUCAACAACAUUAAUCUGAAACUUUCUCUUCUAGGUGAUGCUAAUAAGGGAAGAAAAGUUAUGGAUGCUUCUAAUCAUGAUGAUUCUAAGUGUUUGGCUGCUAUCAUGGGGAAUGGUUCAGAUGUCAACAAUGUUUCUAAGGAUGUGAUGAAUAAAGAAGGCGAGGGGUUCUCUAAGGUGGAGUAUAAUAAUGGAAAUAAUGGAAAAGCUGGUGCUAAUAGGUAUGGUACUACUGGGGAUCAGGAUUUUUCUUCUGGAAAACAAAACUUGAACUGGAAUAGUGGAAAUAAAGGUUGGACUGCUAGAGGUCAAAAUUGGAAGUGGAACCGGGGGAGUGUUAGCCAUUGGAACCAGCAAAAGAAUCAACAAUAUUUUGCUUCUAGUAAUAUUUUUAACAGUCUAGAUAUGCGGGGGAAUAAUGGGAAAGAAAGUGUGAAUUCUACUAGUUUAAAGAAAAAAGAGGAAAAGGGCAAAGAGAAUAGUAUGAAGAGUCAUCGGGUUAUUUCUUCUAAGUCCGGUUCAGGUUGGCUGGACUCUGUUUCUCAGUUCGAUUCGGGUCAUAUUAAUGCCACUCCUGUUGGGAUUAAUUAUGUUAUUAAUUCCAAGUAA